AUAGCAACACUGUUACACUACCCCUUUCUCCACUCUUUCAUCAAAGAAAAUGUUUGCAGAGCACACCUUAAAAGAAACCUCUCUAAAAGAGGUGUUUCAGAGAAAGAGGCCGAAAGAGGAGGAGGAGGGUGACCCAGCAGCAUCACAUGUUUGGGCAGAGCCACACUGCCGGCAGUGUUUUGGUGGAACAGCAGGACAGACGAGGAGCAGAAACAGGAAGUGCAGAGGAACACAGGGCAGGCCAGCUCACAAGCACGUGUUACACAAGAGAGAUCAGUCUCUCAGUCUAAGGUGAAAACUAUGGAGGGAAGUACGACACAGGAUGAAAUUCACCAGGAAGAGAAAGAAAGAGCAGGAAGCAGUGAAGGAGAACAGACAGACCCAAAAGAAAGAGAGUUGAGAUUGGUGCUGCUCGGCUCAGCUGGUUCUGCGAAAAGCACUGCGGUUGAUGCCAUCCUGGGCGGCCCGAAAUCUGAAUCUGACUGCAGUUCAGGCCCUGAGACACCCGCCGCUGCUGACUGUCAGAAGAGACGUGUGAAUGUGGCAGGACGACAGGUGGCUGUCGUAGACACACCUGACUGCCUUUGUGUAGAGCGCCCCGCUGAGGAAGUCCGCCGUCAGUUCUCUCUCUGCGCUGCUUUAUCGGCCCCGGGGCCCCAUGCUUUCCUGCUCUGCGUCCCGGUCCACCGCCCCAGUAACCUGGAGCUCCAAAUUCUGGAGACCUUGGAGAAGGUGUUUGGCCCUGAAGCUGUUAGUAAACACACAAUGGUGCUCUUCACACGUAUGGAGCGGCUGCCUGAGGAUGUAUCGUUAGACGAGUAUCUCAAUACACAGCGAGCAGACCUACUAGAGCUCGUACUGAAGUGUGGGGGCAGACAUCACCCCCUGUGGCCGGAAGCAAACAUGGAGGAGCUGCUGGAAAAGGUGGAGCAGAUGUUGAAAGAAAGUGGGACACGAUUCUACACGUGUCCUUUGUUACAGGACGCAGAGAGGAGAGUGGGAGAGAAAGAGCAGGAGAUCUUGAGGAGUAGAAGAGGAGGAGGAGAGAGUGAUUCAUCCACAGAUGUGGAGAGAAUAAGGGAGGAAGCGGAGAGGAGCGUGGACGAUCUGGUGGUGGAGGGGAUCGCUGAUCUUUGUCUUUCCACUCCGAACCCUUCCAUCUUACGCUGGCUGUGGGACAGUGUGGUCGGGUGGCUCCUUUGGUUCCCGAAUAUGAUUCGGGGCAGUGCUUUACUGGGGUCGUUUGUCGGGUUGUUUGUCGGGGGGCCUUUAGGAGGCGCCAUGGGAGCAACGGUGGGAUCUGUGGCUACGGAAAUGGGUAGACGGAAACAAAAAACAAAAUGAGUUAUUAACAGUCAUUAUGUCAUGCUUAACAGAUCAGACAGUUCUUGUACAAUCAGAUAUGAAUGUCAGUGGAAAAAAUAUGGUGGGGUCAAAAAGUCCAUAUUGAAAAUCUGAGAUUUUUUUCAUUUGAACCUGGAAAUAAACAGAAACUUUUAGGAAAGGAGAAAUAUUUAAGAUUCCGCACUAUUUCUAGGUCACAGACAGUGUCAGAAAUGACCUUAAGAUGCAAUAAUUUCCUUUGGGCUUGAUUUUGAUGAGGGCAUUUUUUCUAAACGUAUUAAAAAUCAAUGUCAUCAUUGACAGAAUUCACUCACAGAAGUUUUCAAUCUUAAUAAUUAGAUUGAGAAUUUAUUACCCCCUACCCAAAAAAUCUAGUCAUAGCAAAUGACAAUUUAUAUGAUAAUGUUUAAGCUUACACUAUUAGAUGUACCAAAUAAAAAGAAAGGAACACAUUACGGGGGACAAUUUCUACCCCCACAUUUUGAAUUUUGGUUGCAUUUUUGUCACUUUUGGUGGCAUUUUUCCCCGAGCCCCCCUUAAUUUUUUGACAUUGAUCACAAAUAAAAUGUAAGCAAAUUAACCCAUCAAACAUUCUUGUUUCCAUUGAAACAAACCAAUUUCUCAUUACAAUUUCAAAUGAGGUCUGCACAAUUCAUCGAAAAAAUUAUCGAGAUUAUAAUUAUGGCUGCUGCAAUUAACUAAUCUUGAGAAGUGUUGCAACCAAUCGCAGACGUGUUCGUUGAGUACAUAAGCCUAUCAGUAAUGGUGCAACAAAACUAGAACACUCCCAUUAUAAUAUAACGAAACAACAGUGAUUAUUAAGUUACAAAGUUCUAAGCUUGUUUUUGGAGGUGAUGCUUAUGUAAAAAAAUAUUCAUUGUAAUUUAAAUGAAAUUCUAUUAAUCAAAAUUAGUAAUUGUGAUUACAAUAACGAGGGAAAUAAUCGGCAAUUAAGAUUUUUAUCAUAAUCGUGCAGCCCUGUUUCAAAUACUAAGACAUUCUGUAAUUCAUGUUAGUUUUUCAACUCAGCUUUUACUUAAUGUGUCAUGCUCAUAAUAUAAUUUGUAAUUAAAAUGUUUGUGACAGUUGAGUACAAGAAGCAUUUUCACUAAUGGUCUCAGACUUUUGGACCCUACUGUAUGUAUCAAAGUUUUAGGAGAUUUCAAACUAUGUACUGUAACUAAUGAUCUGUUAAGCAUAAUAUAUGCAAUGUUUGUUAAUGUUAUCAUGAAAAAGAGUAUAAAGUGUUACCAGAAAUUCACAAAGUGCUUAAGGAGUUUUAAAGCUUAACACCAAAAAACAAUGUUUCGAAAGGUGAGCACAGAAAAGAGGUUAGAUGUGUCUUUGAGAUUAAUUUCUCAGCUAAUUUCUUAGUCUGUGUGCACCCCUAGUUUUUCAGACUAGAGCUUUUACUUUAAUUGUAUUUUUUUGUCUUCAAAAGUAUAUUUUAUUUAAUUAUGUGUUUGAGUUAAAGGCAUUGAUUGAAGUUUACCGUCUUAACACUGUCACAAAAAUGCUUUAUUUCUUACACAAGUUAAAAUCACUACUAAAAUCAGGAUCACUACUAACAGUGAAGCACCUAGUUUUCUUUGAAGUGAUGUGUCUGCUCUAAAAAUGAUACUUUGUAAAAUUAGUCUUUGUUUACACUGUCUAAACUAUUUAAAAUGUAGGUGCAUUAUAAUGAGGUCAUUGCAGCACUAAACGGCUGCUGUGGACAAAUGCAUGCUGCACAUUUUGAAGCACAUCGUUUAAAGUGAUCAUACGUUACUAAUAACUCUGAUGUACUCUGUUUUCUUCAACAUGUGCACCUUUGUCAGUUAACCGGCCUGCAGUUCAAAUGUUUCCGCAGCUGUUUGAAAUAGGAGCAUGGCAAUAAAGCAUGAUGGUGUGAGUAAUUGGCAUGCAUUGCUUUAUGAUGUUUUGUGUAAUUAAAUAGUUUAGAAAGAAUGAAUUAAAAAUAACUCAUUAAAUAUGAAUUCUCAUAAACAAAUGAAAAUAUACAGUAUGUGCAUAAAUUAAACACCAAUAUUUGUUUGUGAGACAUACAGUAGUCAUAUUUGUAAUAUUUUGAAAUAUGUGGCAUAUAUACACAAACAUGUGAUUUUUUUUUUUUCAUAUCAGUGAAAACCAUAUACUGUAUAAUAUAUGAGUAGUUAGGAUGCCCAGUGACAUGAUAUCCUCAAUCUGAAACUAGUUUAUUCAAGUCUUUUCUAAUUAUUAUGCAUGUGGUUUUAUGGCCUCAUAUUAACUGAGAUACUACUUGGAAUAUUGGUACUUUUAAAAAUAAUAAUUUGGCAUAAUUUGGCAAAAUUACGUCUGGAUUGGAAAUGAUAUUUACCUUGAUUUUUCUUUAUUUUCGUCAAACAUCACUUUUGUCAUAUUUCAUCUCAAGCAUUGCUCUUCAAUGACACUUUUGUUGACUUGGUAAACAAGUAUACUGACUUUUGAAAGAAAAAAAAAUAUAUAUAAAUUAGUAGGGGCAAAAUGUUUGGUGUGGUGGAAAUGUCCCACAACUGUAGGACAGUCGUAAUUUUUUGGAAACUUUAUAGAAAUAAUUUUCCCACAAUAAAUAUUGAAAUGGUUUCUGUUUAUUUCAUGCCUUGUUUAGAGUAGCAUAGUUUUAAAAAUGUAAUAAUUUGUAUUUUUAUAAUGGAUUUUCAUAGUUUAAUAUUGAAAGUCUGGGAUAAAGCUAAAACAGUCAAAUCAAAAUUUGAAAAAGUACCAAAAAUAAAUAAUGGAGGGCUGUUAGAAAGUUUCCCAUUCAGUUUUAAUGAGACUUUCAUAUAUAUAUAUAUAUAUAAUCUGUGACAUGACAGUAACCCAUAUGCAUUAUAUACUGUAUGUCUAUAUAUGUAUUUUACAUGUAUUUCUAGCAUAUGUCCCUGUAUAUAUCAGAUUCCUGUAUAUAUGAGUUAUAAAUCAGUUAAUAAACAAAGCUCUACAAAGAACCUAAGCUUACUGUAUAGUCUUUUAACAGCGGCAGGAGACAUCAGCAGGGUGUGAAUACAUAUUUUUAAAAACGCUUUUAUGCCACUGCAGACAGGCAGAUGCAGAGAUGUCUCUCUCUCUCAUUCUCUUUUGCAAGAGCAGGUUUAUGGUUUUGACAUUGACAUAAGUGAUAGUCUGCUAAAGCCAUCCAUCAAAAAACCCAUCCCUGUAUUUCUGCCUUCAGUACACCAAGGCGUUUCCUAAUGUGGGUGGUCCGCCCAGGGAGAGAGAGAAGAGAGAGAGCCUGCUCUCAUGUUUCUAAGGACAGAGAGAGAGAGAGAGAGAAAAGCAAAGAAUGAGAACGUGGAGUGAGGGGGAAAGCGCUUGCUGUAGGACAUGCAUCUGUCUUCCAGAUGUGGCUUUCGCAGUUGUUUGAAACAGGAAAAAAAAAGUUUAAAAAAUAAAGGAAAAUUGGUGCUAAACAGAUUUUUAUUGUCAGGGAUUACGGAUGUAGAGCCGUAUAGAUUACAGUAUGUAUGACUCAGCCAGUACUGUAUAUUUUAACCUCUGAUCCAUCUUCUUAAGAAACGGUGCAGGAAUGAUGUAGUUCGGCCCCCUGCGUACUUGGACUUGCGGAUAAUGUGUUUAAAAAGGAACACCUGUCCAAAUAUUAUUCUGUCCUAUUGGACAUGUGUCUGGAAGAGGACAGAGAGAGAGAGAGAGAGGGAUGAGAAAAUAAGGAAGAAAUGUUGGAGAAGUGCUAAAGGAGCAAUGGAAAGAAUUAUGAGGAGACUAUGGAUUAAUCUGCGAAAAAUCCCCACCAGAAAUAUGGAAGAAAAAGUCAAAAUAACAAAAAAACAGCAACGGGUCUCUCACCGUAUCAAACACGUAUUAGAGUGUUUCUACUGGAACGUUUUGGUUUAUGUCCCAGGGGUUGAUUUUUACUAAAACUAACAGAUUUCAACUUUUUCUUUUGGGAUAUUAAGGUCACAGUAGAACUGUUUUGGAAACGUUUUACCAAGCCUUCAUCAUUUAUUUUUACUACUUUUUAAAUGCCUUUUUUUUUACAGUAUAGGUUUUACUUUUUUACCCUUGUUCCAGACCCAGACUCUCAAUCUUAAAAUAUAUAAAAUCACAUCAUUCGAAUAUUAUUACAUUUUACGUCUGAACAAAGAAAUAAACAAACCCUUUCAAUAAUUAUUUUAAGGUUGAUUUAUUACAACUUCCUUAGCGGUGUCAUUUCCAUCACGACCAACAACUGUGCCACUAAUAAAGUUAGUGUACUUGAAUUUUCCUAUGAUGCAUUCAUAUCCAUUAUUAUUAGACAAAUUAAAUAAAGUACUGCGAGGGUGAAAAAUACAUUUUAAGAGAGUCCACCGGUCCAAAAGUGCCUAUAGUUGAACAAACACCCAUAACACUCAAAAGCUGCUAAACACACGUCCACACCUUUCAAGAAUGUUGUGGCGAAAUGGUUUGCUCUCAAAGGACCCAAUGCCCUUGAGAACCGACACCAAGAUGAUUUGUGCUUGUAUGCGUAACACUGGCCAAAGUCUCGCAGAGCCACAAGUGGCCCAUCAUUAAUACAGAAACGAUGAGUUAUGCCGCUUUGGCCCUCAGUGGAGAUGUUGUUUUAAGGGCCUUGUGGUACACUCAAUGAAGAGCAGAAGAAAACUGCAGACGCCUCAAAAUUUCUCUGUUAUCAUCGCUGCCUGUGGGCUGAGAAUGACAGAAAACCAACUGGAAAUAAACAGGAUGACCCACUCUUUCCCCAAAGCACGCACAGCAUUUUGCCUUUAGCUUGCGCACACACACUUCACAAAAUCAAAAAGUCAUGAGCGCUCCUCCCCCCAUCCCCCCUGGAAUCUACGCCCCUGAAUAUAUGCAAAGGACUGAGGCAAAGCACAGUGGAAUGGAACUCUGUUAAAAAUGGAGACCUUCAUCCUUUCACUUUUUGUUUUUUUUAAAUAAAAAGGAUUUUAUGAAGUCAAACAAAAACAUAAAUUGUAAAUUACAUUACUGUAUUGCUGCAUUAAUACAAGGCAUUAAUUUUCAUGGGAUUUAUAAAAAAUAAAUAAAAUAAAAAUGAAACAGAGAUGUAAAAGUUUGAAUAAAGUCUUGUGGUGCUAACAGGUGAGGGCCUAUUUAGAAUAAUGACCCUAAAUUUGACAGUCUUCAUUCAGUAGUGACAUCUGUCUCAAAUAAGAAGUUUCAGGUUA